UGCAUACGAUUCUGAAGUUCAUUAUUCGUGCAACAGUGCAACACGUAUGAUGUUCGUAAUUAAUAAUUAAAGAUUUGCUCGAAUCUAUUUUACUCGUAUCAGUUAAUUAUCAUAGUCCAACAAUUAAAGAAAAAGGUGGAAAACAAAAGACAGAGAAAUUUACACAUACGCAUAUGCUUUUAAUGCAAAUGCAAAAUUAAAUAUAAAAAGUGAAGCCCAGCAACUUACAUAUAUAAUCAGGAGACAGAAAGAUUCAACUGGUUUUGAGAUUUAUCAGACUAAAAGGAAAAUAAGAUCCAUAGAAGAGUUUUGGACGAUAAUUAUAAUCAGAUAAUUAGGAUGAAAACAACGAUAUCCUGCAACAACACCCUGCUCCUUCUAGUAGAAAUACUGUUUCUUAUUUUGAAAGUUUUUUAUUUCAUCUGCAAGAACAUACUCACAAUGUUUAUUCCAAUAACAAAAAAGAGCGUAACUAAUGAAAUUGUUUUGGUAACAGGUGCAGGUCAUGGCAUUGGAAAAGAAAUAGCGAUUGGUUAUGCAUUGUUAGGCGCAACAGUGAUAUGUUGUGAUAUUAAUGAAGAAACUAAUAAGCAAACAAUGAAAGAGAUUAAACUAAUGGAGAAAAAUGCUGUAUUCGCAUAUCAAUGCAAUGUAGCAGACAGGAAAGAAGUCUUUAGAAUGGCUGAAAAAAUAAGAAAAGAAAUCGGUGAUGUUACUAUUUUAGUCAACAAUGCUGGAAUAGCAUUUAUUAAAACAUUACUAAAUCAAAGCAUCGAUGAAGUUUCACGAGUUAUAGACGUCAAUUUGAAAUCGCAUUAUUGGACGUUGCAAGCGUUCCUACCAAGUAUGAUUGAAAAAAAUCACGGUCACAUUGUGGCGAUUUCAUCAAUAGUAGCAUUUAUUAGCACUACACAUGGUACGGUUUAUAGUCCCACAAAAUCUGCGGUCAAAGCACUUAUGGAAUCUCUCAGCGAAGAAUUGCGUGCAUAUAGCAAAGGAAAAUCCUUAAUUAAAUUCACUACCGUUUAUCCAGCUCUAGUACUUACUGGAAUUGUUAAAAAGCCAAGAUCAAGAUUUUCAUUUAUAAUAAAUGGACUUACACCACAGAAGGCAGCUUCAUUAAUAAUUGAUGCGCAAAGACAGAAUUUUCGAGAAAGAAGUAUACCUUCAUAUUGGCUGCUACUAGUACGUUUAUUAAGGUGUUUACCCACCAAGGCAAUCCAUUGUAUUUCCGAUUUUCUUGAUGUCGGAGUUGAUAUAGAAGAUUAAAAGAUAUGAGCUUGUAUACAUUAUUAUACACUUACUCUAAAUACACACACACACACACACACACACACACACACACACACACACACACAGCAGAGAGGGUUUGGAGUCAAAAAAUGCUACGGAAGUGACGAACCGUAGGGUCCUUAUCUCUGCUGUCACACACACACACACACACACACACA